AUGAGUCUCGUUUCGGUAAACCUUCCAUCCAACAUUGUAACAUAUACAAAAGGAAGACCCAAGUCUUCCUCGUCCGACAUUCAAACAACGACAAUCGCAGGAGAGUCAAGACCUUGGAGGUAUUUGAAUGUGCUAUUUACAAGUGUUAGAUAUCAAGAUUCCAUCGUCUCUCCUCUCGUUCGCGAUCUAACAAUUUGCAACUGGGGAGGCGUCGAACAGCUCGUGACCCUUGCACUCCAAGAUUGGCUCUGUGUGAACCCCGACGAAAACCCCGUUCUCCUCAUCGAGCCUCCCAUCGUCAAGCUCUCCCGUCGUCAAAAAUUCAGCGAACUUUUCUUUGAGAAAUUCCAAAUUCCCUCCCUUUUAAUGUUCAAAGACGCAGCCCUCACCUGCUUCUCCCGCGGUCGCACCGUCGCCAUGGUCGUCGAUAUUGGAGAGCAUUUCACGCGUUGCUGCGGCGUUAUCGAUGGUUUUGUCGAUCGUGAAAAUGUCGUGAUGCAGCGAUUUGGUGCGCACCGAAUUCGAUCCCUCGCCCUCCAAAAGUGCAUUAUCCCCGCGAUUCACGGUCACGAAAUGAAACUCCCGGGAUCCGCCGCUGUCGGAGGAUGGAAAAGUUUGUUUGUUCGAUUCGAUUGCACGCGAUGUGUGCGAAAAAAUGUGCCUAUUUUUGGAAUUCCUAUAAUCGAGGUGUUUUGUGUCGGAAAAUCCUUAUCAAUCUGCGCUGGACGUCGCUUCGGUUCCUUCGGUUUCUUCUGGUUCCACGGUUUCCACGAAAUCAUCAAAAGCGACCUCAUUUACGCUUCCUGA